GGAACCGGAAGUAAAUAAAAUAGUGAAAGUGCUUCGUCCAACUUUUAGAACUUUUUGUCCAAUUACUUCCAUAUAAGAUGAGACUGCACCUACUUUACACAUUCAGCAUAUUUUACAAUAUACAUCUAACGUAUAGCAACAUCAAAAAAGAUGUGAAUAAAGCCUCUUUAGACUUGUUAGAAAAAGAAGCAGCAAAAUUAAAGAAAGAUGGCAUUAAAUGUUCACUAAAGACCAUAUCAAGAACUGCUGUAGAAAGAUUAUACUUUGCAGACAAGAUAUCAGAGUCAUUGAGGUGUCUUAUAAAGAAAUUGGAGGAAGAAAGGACAGUUGGAUGGGCAUGGUCAUUUCUAGGCCAUCUUCUCCAAAAUGCAAAAUCAAAGUAUAGUUCUAAAAGCUCAGCCACGACUGCUUUCAAACAGGCAACAAAGUUCAAUGGAAAACUUGAAAAUUUCGUCAAAGAAUGGUCCUUUUUGGGACCAUUUGUGAUUGGUAAAUUGGAAAUAGAUGGGGACCCCAUAGCAAGUUUAGGUGGGAUACAAGAAGUUGCUAAAUCAAGGCAACAGAAAAAUGUAAAAUUUUAUUCUGAGCUAGUCGAGAAGGGUGUGGUCAACUGGAGUGUAUAUAAACAGAAGAGUCCUGAGGAAAGCAUACAAAUCCAGCCUCAAAUUAACUGGAAUGAUUUGGUCAACUCUCUUGGAUCUAUAGCUAUAACAGAGUGGCAAGGAUGGCUUGUUGGAAAUUUUUUCAUCAAUGAGAAUAAUCAGAAUAUUCUUAUUCAAUGCCUUGGAGUUGCCAUUGUUUGGGUAGACAAUACACCAAUCGCUGGUGACUUAUACCAGAGAAAACAAUUCCAGUUUGCGAUAAAACUUGAUCGAGGACUUCAUAAUCUUUAUGUGCCAUUACGCGCAAAAGCUGUACAAACAUUGCAAUGCUCAAUUAAAUCAUCACCUUCUAGCUUUGAAAUAUUGACUCCAAAUUUUCUACCAGAUUUAGUAGAUGGAUAUAUAUUUAGUGAUUAUAUAUCAUUAACGAUCAUAAAUCAACAAUCAAAUAAAUGGCUCAAGAAUAUAAAAGUUUCACUUGAAGAUCAAUCUCAAGGGGAACCAUUGAAGAUUCAACAGUUGAAUGAUAAAAGAUUUCAUAUUGCGCCAGGACAAACCAGACCUGUGACCUUCAGGAUUGUUUCUGUCUCAACUGAUCAUGUGAUUCCCACAUGCAGUGACCUUGAACUAAAGGUGAAGGUCACUACUUCAGAUGGACAAAAUAUAUUCCCAUUGAAAUUACGCUGUCGUAAAAGCAGCGAAUCAUUUCUUUUUACAUUCCAAGACCAUGAUGGGUCAGUUCAACAUGGAGCAGCUAUCAAACCUAUUAAAGGAUGUCCUGGGAGAGAGGAUGAUACAUGCCCCACCCUCCUCACCCUGCAUGGAACGACAGUACCCCCACAGAACCAGGCAGAUAGUUAUAAACGUAUGGAAGAUGGCAAUUAUGUUUUUGGAGUGGAUAAUGCAUGGACACUUGCUCCAACUAGACAUGGGGCCCACAACUGGGAAGGUCCGGGGGCAUUAACUGCUAUAAGUGCCCUGGAGACACUUGCUAAGCUGACUCAGGAAAAAGAGUGGAUUAAAUACAAAUCUUCAGCCCAACAAGUGAUCUUUGCAGGUCACUCGAUGGGAGGUCAUGGAGCGUGGCACCUUGCAACUCACUUCCCAGACAGAGCCCUUGGCUUAGUGACAUUGGCAGGGUGGAUAAAGAAGGAAGAGUAUGGGGAUAGCAAUUUGUUCUUCAGACAUGACAUCAGCACCAGUCACGUUGACCCCUCAGUGAAAGCUGUCCUUGAGGCGUGUAUAGCUGAGAAUGAUGUGGACAGACAUGUCACAAAUCUGAAGGAUGUCCCUGUCCUAGCCAGGAUAGGUGGAGCUGAUCGCACUGUCCAUCCAUACUUUGUGCGCCGUAUGUAUCGUCUGCUGAUGGAGACAAACAUCAGUGCCACCUAUAAUGAAUUGGCGGGUAAAGAACAUUGGUGGUGGGACACAAAGGAACCUAAUGAUGGUGGGGCAGUGAACGACCCACAACUGAGAAAGUUUAUGACAUCACAUGCCCAACAACCAAUCAAACAGUGCCAGGAUAAAGACGCAAACUGUGAUGAUAAUAAAUUGAAUAAAUAUUCUCAAAGAGCCAAUGUUGAUGAUGAGUUCACAUACACUGUGAUGAACCCAGCCUUUGGGGAAGGCAUGCGAGGCAUCAAGGUCAUGCAGCAAAUUGUGCCUUAUAGGACAUCUACAGUCAGGGGUUUUGUAGAUGCUAAAGGGGAUAUGGCAUUAAAGACAGUAAAUGUGAUGGCUAUGCAGUUUUACCUGCCCCCUAAUAGAGCUUCAGAUUGGACAGGGAAACGGUUGGAGGUGGAUGGAUCUCAUAUUGCUCAUGUGAAGUUAGGAGUGAACUACUGUCUAAGCCAAGAUAGAUGGCAUGAGUGCAUAGAGUCAGACCUUCAGAGAGGUCCCUCUACCUUGGGUCCUUCACGUCGUGUGGCAGAAUCACCAUUCCUCAUAGUAGUAGGUAGCCAAGGAUCUGUUGAGACAAGGCAAGCCAUUCUAGAGUUUGCUGUCUAUAUAGCCAACCAGUUCUACCUAACCUCAGAUACCCUUGCCCCUAUUGUACAAGAUGUAGAUCUCUCAACAUCAGUCGCAGAUGGCUAUAAUUUGAUAGUAUUAGGAGGCCCGACUGAGAACACAUAUGCCUUACAGUUCAUUGAUCGACUUCCAAUACAGGUGGAUGACUCAGGUUUAAAGAUUGCUAGUUGCAGAUAUGAAACUUCAAGAACUGGUGCCUUGAUCCUAGCUCCUCAUAGCAACCAUCACCUUGCAUUGUUAUUGCUAGGUAACACAAUAGAGGGUCUUAGUGAUGUUGUAACCUUGGCAACACCAACAAUUCCACCCAUGGCAAGAUCACCAUUUUCCAAUCUGGUUCCCGACUUUGUGAUCACCGGCCCAGAGUUCAGAGCUAAAGGUCCUGGAGGAUAUCUAUGUGUGGGACACUGGGGGAAUAGAUGGGAUUUCAGGCCUGAGCUCUCCUCAUGUGCACAUUGUUGAUUUCUAGUUCAGUUUUGCCCUCUUAUGUACAUAUACAUGUAAUGAGUCCUCUUAUGGUGACAAAUCAAGAACUAUUUAUUUAAUAACUUUAAUGUGAUAUGAUUUUCUAUGUUUUUUUUGUUUUGUUUUUUUAAUUAAUUUUUUUUCUAUGUUAAGUUUACAAAAACAUUGUAUCGGUCUCCAGGGUAUCCACUGACCAUACAUGAGUAGUAAGAGAUAUUUCCUGCUACAUUUUUAUAAUCUAGACAAUUAUAGACAUUCUUUGUGAAAACUGUUCUUGUUAAUGGAGCAAACUUAGAAUUUCCUUAUAACCAUGCUUUGCCUUAUAACAUGUAAGAGAAAAUUACAAAAUCAAAUACCGAUUCUCAAAGGAAAGUUAUUUGUUGCAGUUGGUGUACUUUAGCUGAAGAUGUUCAAAGAUGUUGAAGUAUAUUGAUCUAUUAAUGCUUCAAACACAAGUGUUUGUUGGACCACAUCCCUUACUUUCUCAGGUAUAGCCAAUGGAUGACAAUGCUUGUGUAAACUAUGCAUUUCACAAAAUUGGAAUAAAACAUUCACUUGACUAAUUAAUGUUAUGUAACAUUUGAUAAUCAUGUCAACUCAUAAAUCGUUUCCUAUUUUAAUUAUUCCUUUAAUCUCACUGCGAGAGUUGUUUAUGUAAUUUAUAAUGUUG